AUGGAAAACCAGACCGGGGUGACAGAAUUCAUUCUAGUGGGGUUCCCCAGUGCAUGGUGGCUGAAGAACUUCCUCGCUGUCACCCUCUUGUUGACUUUUGUAAUUACAGUGACUGGAAACCUGCUCCUUCUGAUCCUGAUGCUAAGUGACCACAGGCUCCAUACACACAUGUACUUUUUCCUGGGAAACUUGUCCUUCCUAGAGAUUUUACUAACUAUUACCAUUGUUCCAAAGAUGCUCUCAAGUAUCCUUACAGAAAGAAACACCAUCUCAUUUGCUAGUUGCAUGACCCAGUCUUAUUUCUACUUCUUACUGGGAACUAUAGAUUUUCUUCUCCUGGCUGUCAUGUCCUUUGACCGCUACGAAGCCAUCUGCAACCCACUGAGGUAUGGCAUCAUCAUGAACAACAAGGUCUGUACCAGGCUUGUCCUUGGCUCCUGGGUAGGAGGUUUUCUGAGUAUCCUUUACCCAACUAUAUCGCUGACAAGAUUGAAUUUCUGUGGCCCCAACACUAUAGAUCACUUUUUCUGUGACAGCUGGCCACUCCUGAAGCUCUCCUGCUCUGAAACACGAUUGGUAGAGCUGCUGAACUUCAUUAUGUCCUCUGUUGUGCUGCUAGGUUCUCUGACCUUCACCACUGUCUCCUAUACUUACAUCAUCUCCACCAUCCUUAGGAUCCCAUCCUCCACAGAGAAACAAAAAGCUUUCUCCACAUGCUCUUCCCACCUGACUGUGGUGGUUAUUAUCUAUGGUAGCACCAUAUUUCUCUAUGUACGGCCAUCCCACAAGCUUUCAUCCCUUCCCAGUAAGCUGGCAAGUGUGCUGAGCUGUAUUGUGACGCCUCUCCUGAACCCCUUCAUUUUCAGCUUAAGGAAUGAGAAAGUGAAGGAGGUUUUCUGGGAUGUCUUCAAAAAGCAAAAACAGGGGUAUAGGUUGUAG